UGCAGACCGGGGCUCCUCAUCCGCUGACGGGAGACUGUAGCAGCCCGUGUGUGUGGAGUUUUACAGUAUAAAAAUGAUAGUUUUUGUGUGCAGUGUUGGGCUGGCUCUGCUGGUCUCGGUCCAGUGUUUGACCCGCGAGCAGCUCUUUGAUUAUGGGACUCAAUUCGGAGACCAGAUUCUGGAUUCGGGACCGGAUUCGGUACACGAGCUCGAACUGGAGCAAACGCUGCACUUCUUCAAAGGGAAAUUCGAUAAAGUUUACGUCAGCACCAAUGGCUUCAUAUCUGUGGCUGAACCCAGCGCUGAGUCUGACUACCUGGGGAAGAUGCCGGCUAAGUUUGGCAUGAUCGCAGCAUUUCUAGGAGAUCUGGACACAGGCGACGGUGACGGUAAAGUCUUCUUCCGGCAGGAUAAAAGCCCCCUGAUCGUUCCUUCAGAAGAUGAGAUUGAGCCCACUCACGUCAUCAUCGCAACCUGGGAGAAUGUGACGCCGCAAACUGAACGAGGAAGAGGAGAUGAGCUAGAGUUCACGCAAAGAAAUACUUUUCAGCUGGUUAUAGCCAACAUGGAGUUAAAGUCUUACGCUAUCCUGCUGUAUCCAGAGGAGGGGAUGCAGUUCGGCUCCACACUCAUAGCAGAUGAAGAUCAGCCUGUUCUGGUCGGCUUUAAUGAAGGUUUGGUCACCGGAUGGUUUGUGUGGUCAAAAACACAAGGAAAUUACUAUCGCAUCACAGAAGACAACGAGGAGGCCGUCGACGCUCUCGCUCUGGAGACCAACUCGGGUCAGCCUGGCAUUUGGGUUUACGAGAUCGGCAUGUCUCCGGGAUUCACCGACAUCAAACCCGGUCAGGUGAAAGAGGUCACAGAGGUCACGGAGGUCACGGUGAUUGACACACCUGCUCCUGAACCGUCCGUUUCCAUUACAACACACCACAAGCAUCUCCCAGUGGUGGACAUCCUGCUCCUGAACUGUGGACAUCCCAUUAUGAGGAUCAGCAGACGUCUGAAGCGCCGUAUGAAACGCUCACGUCCCGUCCUUGUGGUGAUUAUAUGGUAA